AUGGUCCUUCUGAGGAAGCUAAGGCCAUUUUGGGGUGAGGCCCUCACUUCAUCCAGUAAAGCAGUCCAUGACCUGGCCUCUGUAUCUGGCCUGUCCUGUUUAUACUCUGUCCUCAUCCAGCAUGACAACAAGGUGACCAUCAUGGAGGAUAAAAUCAAUGCCUUGGACAAUGUUAACACUGGGAGCCUCAUUUGCAACACAGGUGCUGGUGGGCCUGCUCCAACAGCUGGUGUGGCAACAGCAGGAGGUCCUGUCCCCAUCACCACAGCUUCCUCAGCUGAGGAGAAGAAAAUGCAAGCAAAGAAGGAAGAAUCUGAGGAGCCCAAUGAUUACAUGGGAUUUGGUCUUUUUGACUAA